GUCUAGCUGGCUAUUCUGCGUAUUUUUUUUAUUUUUAUUUUUUUAAUAUCAUGGCAACUUCAAUUUAAAAAAACAUUGAGGGCUAUGAUAUAUUUUUAUAACUAGGCCUACACAAUGUUUUGUUCUACAGCUUGCAUGCUUUGUCUGGUGUUAUUACAAUGACGACUCAUCGAAAUGCAGCAUUAGACCCGCGUCACUUCGUAAUAAUCAAACCGCUUCCGAUUCCUAAACCGUCGGGAGAAAAGCUCCAGGCCCGGAGCAGCACGGUGUGGUCCGCCUGUCAGCCGACCAGGGAGCAGGUGUUCUGGGAUAACUAUCACCGGCGACAGCGCCAGCUGAGCCGGCAGGGCUACAGAGCAGCCCCCUGGAGACCGUAUGAGGAGGUCGGACAACCGCUCUACCUGGAAACCAAGAGACUCAUACUGGAAUCACUGGGACAACCUGUGGAAGAGGCUUCAAAGGCUGAUCCCUUACCAGAAGAGGAUGUGCCUAUCAGCACCACCCCAUCAGAUUCCCCAGGAGCAAACAAGAGCUUGCCGUUUCGUUACCCCCAGGCUGGGAAGAGAGAGGAUGCAGUAUCUCUUAGGAAGCAUUUGGGACAUACCAGCCGUUUGGUGUCAGCGGUCAGGCAGGGCCGGGGUUACUUCCACCUCCUCCAGAAGGAGGAGCAGGAACAGGAGGAGGCUCAGCAGAGGGAGCAGAAGAGGAGAGAGGAGUGGCAGCGUGUCCAGCCCCGACCUCCCUGCUCAGAGUCUGACUCUGACAUCGACCCAGGGAGGAAGAAGGACCAGUCAGCUCGACCUUUCACCCCCAUCCACCGCUCCCUGACUUCCCUUCAGGUCCCUGAGGCACCACAAGAGCCCAUAUUCCGCCAGCUGUGCUGUCUGAACUGGUUGCUAGAGGCACUGACUCUGGACAGGACUGGGAGAGCUGGACCCGUCACGUCCUGCUGGGAUCUCAAGGACCCUGGCCGAGGCAAAACCACCAUAAAGACCCUGAAUAAAGAGAGAGCCAUAGAGACCAAAUGGGACCAGUUUGUGUCUCUGCCAAAGCCACGUAGAACAGGCUCCAGGCCCUCCCGCUCCUCCUCUGGUCGUCUGUACCUGUUGAAGGGGUCCUCCCUGAGCGUAGCCUUGUCCUCAGCCCUCACCACCCCUACCCUGCUGGGCAGCCUGUCCUCCCUGGGCCCUGGGACCGAAGACACUGGAGCUAUAGUGACUGCCGCUGGAACCAGCCAGGAUAGUACGGAGCAACCAGGAGCAGGAGGGGACUCCGAGACAGAGCUGCCCAUGUCAGAGUACCUUAAGAAGCUGCUGGAUGCAGUCCACCAGAGUGUCACCAAAGACUUCAGUGGUCCAGAGCAGAAUCAUGGCGACGGCACUUUGACUGACGGAUACCGGCCACCUACCCAACCCACCCCUCAGAGAGCGGACAACACAACACGCUCCAAGACCAAAGACACACCAAGACCCAAAAGUUGUCCUGCCAAGCCUCUGUCAGCCACCAGUGAGUUGAUCAGCAGUAAGAGGUCCAUGCUGUGGGAUAUAAGGACAGCCUAUGAGGAGAGAGCAGAGGAGCUGGCCCAGAACUUCAGUGACAGUCUGGACCACAAUGCCAGGAAGAGGCUGGACAGUGGCAUCCAGCGGUUCCAGGCCCUGUGUCAUGUGACCCAUUCUCACCUCAUCCCUCGUCAUGUGACCCCGUGGGUAACCGGAGUGAAACCCCCAGAGACAGACUGCAGCAACAACAACAUGUGGCUGUCCUCUCUACUGAGCAGUCUCCCUGCAGAGGUGUCCCGGGACAGGGGGGUGAGCCGAGUUCUGGAGAAACUCAGCCGCUUCGCAGACGAGCGGACCCCCAAGGUGCGACCCCAUGUCUUCCUGAAGAUGCUGGGGGAUCUACAGCCCUGGGAGCUCUGCCUACCUGACCUCAGUGUUGCCAUUGAGAUAGCCAGGGAGCAUGUUGUCCACAUGUCCAGAGAGGACUAUGACUCAUGGCUCCUCUCCAGGGUCACUCAGCCACAGCAGCAGGACCACUAACCCUAACACUGACCCACACUCUACACAUUUUUACUAAUACCAGGAAAAUGUGACCACCACAGAGGAAUGACCCACCCCCCCAAAAUACACACACACUCAUGCAUGCUUGCAUGCACACGCAAAUAUGCUCACACAUGCAUGAAUGCACUCAUACAUAAAUACACACACACACAGACACACACACACCGUGGCCAUGGAUGAUGAUGACCCACACAUACAUGAAGGCUAGUAAGAUAUAGUUGCCCAUAGUCUCUGAACUGACUUAAGGUUAGGUUUUGGGGGAGGUUAAGCUGAUCCUAGGUCUGUGAUCCCACAGGCAACUCCAAUCCAGAGUCUUCCUCCUUUUUAUCCAUUGUGGGAACCAGGGCUCACAUUUCACAUCCACUUGUUCUCCGUUUCCCUUUUGUUUACGUUUCAAACAAACUUAAAUCAUGUCUCCCACGGGAGGAUACGCUUCCCUGAGCCAUCAAAUACCUCCCUGUCCUUGUGCCGUCCCCUUAUCCCUUCUCCCUCCCUCCGCCAGUCCUCUCUUCCUCCCUUCUCUUCCCUUUCCACCACCACCCUUUACCUCGCCGUCCUCCUACCAUCCUCUUAUCCCCCCCUCUCUCCCUCUCCAGUUCCCACCACAUCCACCACCCUUCCCUCCCCACAAACAUCCCAAACAACAAUAAAAGAUAGCGUGUUGUUGUCUGUUAUUGAAAUCAGCCCAAUGCCACGCCCAUACAGGCUCAGCUCCAGCCUAACCCUUACCCCCUGCCUUGUCUGUUGGAUAGCCCUUUUAUUGGGGAAUAAAAGAGCCUGACCCAAUGCUCUUUGCCUCCUGUUAGAUAAAGAUAAUGAACUCUGCCUGGAAACAAUUGUUUGUUGAAAGUUGCUGUGAAUGCAGUGUUUCAACAGCUGUCCGUAGAGGAUUUCACAAAAUCAUGAAUGUGAUCAUUAAAACAAUAAUGAUUAUAAGGUUACAAUUAUUUGAUUCUGUCUGUGGCACUAUAUGUAAUUUCUCUGUAGGAAUAUGACUAAAUGUUGCGAUGGCAAUAAAAUAACUGUUAUCAUCA